GAGGGCAAACAAUGAGAACUAAUAAAGCACUUAAGCGGAUUGACGAGCAGCAACAAGGACAAGCGAAAGGACACUCAAGUGGAAGGCAGCAGCAGCUCAAGGAGCAACAGCAGCACCAGCAGCAUCAAUCAAAAGCACUUUCCAAGAAUCCACUGGCCGUAUGAUCAACGUGAUUCAGAUUGAUAAACAGACAAUGGAGGAAUCGCCUCAAAUGAGACGCGAAAUUGGUCGAAGACGUCCCUUACAGCUGCUGCAGCAGCAGUCAGAUGAGGAUGAGCAGCAGCAGGCGAGAACCCUGGAAGAGGAUGAUGACCGAGCUGCCACACCGUUGACAGCAAAUGGUUGCACCACCACGGGCCUGACAGCCUCCACCACCACCACCACCCAGAAGCAACAACCAACAACGGAUAUGCAACGAAACCACCUGCAAAAGAUGCCAACAACAAGAACCACAGCAACAGCAACAACAGAAGCAACAACCACAAUAGAAAAACCAACGAUAAAAACCAUUCCAAAAACUUCAACUCCAUCUGAAACGGCAGCAUCAGCUUCAGCAGCAUCCUGCUGCCCGGAAACAGCACCAACUUCAAGAUUAAACUCUGCCUGGACAUUAAGGAUAUUAGCUAAGUGCGGCGGUGGCAGCAGCUUCCACUCCAGGCUGCUGCUGCUUCUCGGCUUCUGCCUGGGCCUGCUGGUGGGUGGCGGCGAAGCAGGAUUUGCCUGCCUCAGCAAUCCCUGUGUGUUUGGUGUUUGCAUCGAUGGCCUGAACAGCUCGUACUCGUGCUACUGCAUUGAUGGCUAUACAGGGAUCCAGUGCCAAACGAAUUGGGAUGAAUGCUGGUCGGGGCCCUGUCAAAAUGGCGGGACAUGUGUGGACGGUGUGGCCUACUACAAUUGUACGUGUCCGGAAGGAUUUUCGGGCUCGCAGUGUGAGGAGAAUGUUGAUGAAUGCAUGUCGAAUCCCUGCCAGAAUGGCGGACAAUGUCGAGACCGAACUAAUGGCUAUAUAUGCACCUGCCAGCCGGGCUAUCUGGGGGAUCAUUGUGAGCUGGAUGUGGCCGUCUGCGAUACGGGAACCGGUGCCCGUUGCCAGCAUGGUGGCGAAUGCAUUGAAGGACCUGGCCUCGAGUUUACCUGCGAUUGUCCAGCCGGCUGGCAUGGACGCAUCUGUCAGGAGGAGAUCAACGAGUGUGAAUCGUCGCCGUGCCAGAAUGGCGGCGUUUGUGUCGACAAGUUGGCGGCCUAUGCCUGUGCCUGUCCCAUGGGCUACACGGGCAUCAAUUGCGAGGAGGAGAUACUCAUCUGUGCGGACAAUCCCUGCCAGAACAAUGCCCUCUGCCUCAUGGAGGAGGGCAUCCCCACGUGCUACUGUGUGCCCGACUAUCAUGGCGAAAAGUGCGAGUAUCAGUAUGAUGAAUGCCAGCUGGGGCCGCGUUGCAUGAACGGUGGCGUCUGCAUCGAUGGCGUGGAUACCUUCUCCUGCUCCUGCCCCCCGCUGCUCACCGGCAUGCUCUGCGAGUGUCUGAUGGUGGGUGAGGAGUCCUUGGACUGUAAUUACACUGCACCGGCCACCCAGGCACCGCCCACACGUGCCACAACCACAACAUCCACGCUGGCACCGCCCACGGUGCGGCCUGUCACGCCGCCAGAGACAACGCUUGCCCCACAGCUGCCCGAGGAGCCACAGACAACCACCGAGGGUGCAGCUGCAACUUCGGAGGAGGUUUCCGUGGAGCUUAAGCCACUGACAAUGGCACCACCCGAGAGCGGCAGUCACAGUGUGUCCGUGGAGCAGACGACAAUGGGUCGAGAGGUGCCCGAACCACAGCCAGAAACCACAGCAACUCCUGGGGUGAGUGCUCCCGCUUCUUCGGCUUCUUCCUCGGAGGAAGUACCCAGCAUCUACACCACUCUGCCGCCGCUGCCAGGUGUGCCACGCACCACAUCUGCCUCCGCGGAAGCCUCUGGCGAGGUUGUCACUUCCGAAGAAUACACGACAGUGCCCCGUUUCGAGGUGAGUGGCAGUGGCAGUGCCAGUGGCAGUGCCAGUGGCAGCGAAGAAGCCACCACAUUGCGUCCCACUGCACCACCCAGCAUCACCAUUGCCGUGGAUUAUGCCUCAAGCUCCUCCUCCUCGAGCUCGGAGUCCGCCGAACAGCUGCCCAUGGCCACUACGGCGGGGCCGAUCUUUGUGCAUCGCGUGACGACCAUCGAGACGAGCAUCUCCGUGGAUUAUGGCAGUGCCACGCCCACACCAACGCCCUACUAUCCACAGGAGACAACAACAACGCGAGUGGUGCCUGUGGCCAGGCCAAUAUUUGCCACAGAGCCACCGCUGGAAGUGGAGGAGACCACGUCCACGCAUCAUCUGUGGACAGAGGUGUCCACCACAGCGGCCCCCUUCUUCACGGAGUACCCCGCAGAGGUGAUGAUAACCACACAUCGAACGAGUGCUGGCAGAUUCACAACAGUCCAGCCACCAAUUCGUGGCACGACAAUCUCCUCCGCCUCACCCGAGGAAUACGAAACAUCCUCCUCCAUCGAGCUAUCCACGGUGCACACGCCGCUCGUUGUGGUGACCAUUCUGGACAGCAAUGCCAGCAUUCCGCAGCUGAUGACAACGACAGUGGUGCCGCCUGCCACGCAUCAUCAUCAUCACCAUCAUCAUCACGAUCAGGAGACAACAGUGCUGCCAGGAGAGAUUGUCAGCACGCUGCCAACACCCAGCGAGGAUCAUCACCAUCAUUAUCAUCCACACCACACGCCGCAUGUGGUGGCUACCACGCCCAUGCCGGUGGAGAUUACCACGGGAGUGCCCAUGCAGACAGAGGAUCUGAUUGGAGUGCAACAGCCAGCGCCAGAGACCACAGCAGCGCCGUACAUUCCGCCAGAGACAACAUUGCCGCCACCGACCACUCUUAGACCUGUGCCUCUGCCCACUCUCAGACCAACAGAACCACCCACAGCGGCUCCUACACUGCCACCCACUGCUGCUCCCACUUUGCCGCCCGCCACUCUGCCACCGCCAACGAUUCCACCAACGCCGCCAUCCACACAAUCCGCACAAACGCUGCCGCCACCCACGCACCACGCAGUCUACAGCACGCCCGAAGUGCCCGAAGUGCCGCCGGCACAGACCAGGCAGCCCGCAGUCACAGAGAGCAGCGAGGAGGUCGAGGGCUCCAACACAGUGGCCAGUGGAGGACGUCCGGGUGCUGGUGGUGUGCCCGAGGAGAAGGCCGGAGAUGUGGACUGCAUCAAGUUGGGCUGCUACAAUGGCGGCACCUGCGUAACCACAUCGGAGGGUUCCAGGUGCGUUUGUCGCUUUGAUCGCCAGGGACCGCUCUGUGAGCUGCCAAUCAUCAUACGGAAUGCAGCCUUUUCCGGCGACUCGUAUGUGUCGCAUCGCAUCUACAAGGACAUUGGACAGCACGAGGCCCUGGAUGCCGUGCUGCCCAUGCACAUACAGCUGAAGGUGCGAACAAGGGCCACUAAUGGACUGAUCAUGCUGGCCGCGGCCCAGGGCACAAAGGGUGGACACUACAUGGCGUUGUUCCUCCAAAAGGGACUGAUGCAGUUCCAGUUCUCGUGCGGAUUGCAGACGAUGCUGCUGAGUGAGCUGGAAACGCCUGUGAAUACGGGCCACGAAAUUACCAUUCGAGCUGAAUUGGACUUUAGCCGGAAUUACACACACUGCAAUGCCUCGCUGCUGGUGAACGACACAUUGGCCAUGUCCGGGGAUCAGCCGACGUGGCUGAAACUACUGCCCCAGCGACUGCAUACCCCGGAGGUGAUACUGAACACAUGGCUGCACUUGGGCGGUGCGCCCCAAGCGCCGAUUGGCCUGAUUAUCGAGUUGCCGCCAGCACAAAGCGGCACCGGCUUCACCGGAUGUCUCCACACGUUGCGCAUUAACGGACAAGGGCGCGAAAUAUUCGGCGACGCCCUGGACGGGUUUGGCAUUACGGAAUGCGGCUCAUUGGCCUGCCUGUCGAGUCCCUGUCGCAAUGGUGCCGCCUGCAUCAAGAUCGAAACGAAUGAUCUGGACGAGAAUGGCGAGAAGGCAGAGAAGUGGAAAUGUAAAUGCCCCACGGGCUAUAUGGGUCCCACCUGUGAGAUAUCCGUGUGCGAGGAUAAUCCCUGUCAAUAUGGUGGCACUUGUGUACAGUUCCCCGGCAGUGGCUAUCUGUGUCUGUGUCCGCUGGGCAAACAUGGACACUACUGCGAGCAUAAUCUCGAGGUGGCUCUGCCCUCCUUCUCUGGCAGCGUUAAUGGACUUUCCUCUUUUGUGGCCUACACCGUGCCCGUUCCCCUGGAGUACUCCCUCGAGCUGAGCUUCAAGAUCCUGCCACAGACCAUGUCGCAGAUCUCGCUGCUGGCAUUCCUCGGUCAAUCGGGCUAUCAUGAUGAGAAGAGCGAUCAUCUGGCCGUGAGCUUCAUACAGGGUUACAUUAUGUUAACCUGGAAUCUGGGUGCCGGUCCGCGUCGCAUCUUUACCCAGAAACCCAUCGACUUCCGGCUGGAUGCUCCACGAGUGCCCUACGAAAUCAAAGUUGGCCGCAUUGGACGUCAGGCUUGGCUUUCGGUGGAUGGAAAGUUCAACAUUACAGGACGUUCCCCGGGCAGUGUCAGCCGCAUGGAUGUGCUGCCAAUACUCUAUUUGGGUGGCCAUGAAAUUGCCAAUUUUAAUACCCUGCCACACGAUCUGCCGCUGCAUUCGGGUUUCCAGGGCUGCAUCUACGAUGUCCAGCUGAAGGCUGGCGCUGUCACAGUGCCCCUGCAGGAGACACGCGGCGUUCGUGGACGCGGAGUGGGUCAAUGUGGCACCAGGGAGUGUCAUCGACAUGCCUGCCAGCACGAUGGCGCCUGUCUGCAGCAUGGAGCAACCUUUACUUGCAUCUGCCAGGAGGGCUGGUAUGGCCCAUUGUGUGCACAGCCCACGAAUCCAUGCGAUUCGUUCAACAACAAAUGCUAUGAGGAUGCCACUUGUGUGCCACUGGUGAAUGGCUACGAAUGCGAUUGUCCUGUGGGUCGCACGGGCAAGAAUUGUGAAGAAGUAAUUCGCUCUCUCAGCGAUGUCUCACUCACCGGCAGACGCUCCUAUUUGGCCGUUCGCUGGCCCUAUCUCUACGAUGGCGGCGACAAACUCGGCGCCAAGCGUUCCCAAAUGGUCAGCUAUCGGAAUUUCACCAAGAAGUUAAUGCCCCCCAAGCCCAUCUCGACGCCCAGCACACACUUUGUGAUGAAGCUGCUCAAUGAGGUGGAGAAGCAGCGCAGCUUCUCGCCCGUGCCCCUCAUGGGUUCGAAGACCUUCGAGGAGCAUCAUCGCGUGCAAUUCUUCUUCAUUGAGUUCCAGCUGCGUCCGCUGUCGGAGCGUGGAUUGCUGCUCUACUUUGGUACCCUAAACAACAACCAGGACAAAAAGAUUGGCUUUGUGUCGUUAUCCCUGCAGGGUGGUGUGGUGGAAUUCCGCAUUUCGGGUCCCAGCACCCAUGUCACUGUGGUGCGGAGUGUCCGCAUGUUGGCCAUUGGCGAGUGGCACAAGAUCAAAAUGGCCCAAAGGGGUCGCUGGCUAACCCUGUGGGUGGAAGGCAGUGCCUCCUCGGCAUUGGCUCCUUCCGCAGAGGUUCUCGUGGAACCGGACUCUCUGCUGUACAUAGGUGGCCUCAAGGAUCUGUCCAAGCUGCCGCAUAAUGCCAUUUCGGGUUUCCCCAUACCCUUCCGUGGCUGUGUUCGCGGUUUGGUUGUCAGCGGCACAAGAAUUGUUUUGAAUGAAACCAAUAUUGUGGAAUCUCGUAAUAUUCGUGACUGCGAUGGCACUGCUUGUGGCGGUGAUUCCUGUGAAUCUGGUGGACACUGCUGGCUGGAUGAGAAACUGCAGCCUCAUUGCAUCUGUCCGGAGUAUGCCAAGGGCGAUCGUUGUGAAUAUUCCGAGUCCUGCAAGCUGAUACCCUGCAAAAACAAUGGUCGCUGCCUGCGCAGUGGUCGCUGCUCGUGUCCCAAUGGCUGGGGCGGUUUCUACUGUGAAAUUGCCAUGAGUAAACCAACAACACCGAGCUUCCGUGGCAACAGUUACCUGAUCUUGCCGCCACCCCGCAUACCCAUGAAAGACAAGCGGCGCGGACCCUCGCUCUAUGUGCGCCCCCGCGAAGCCAUUCAAAUCAGCCUCAAUUUCUCCACCAUCGAGCCGGACGGUCUGCUGCUCUGGAGCGAGCACGAUCGCCGCAAGUUCUUGGGCCUGGGCCUGGAGAAUGGCCACCUGAAGCUGGCCAGCAAUCUCUUGGGCAGCAACAACGACACGGUCCAGGCGCCAGCCAGUGGCUUCAUAGCCGAUGGCGCCUGGCACUGGACGAGUGUGCUCUUGGAUCGCACUCGACUGGAGCUGCAGCUGGAUGGUGAGGUGAUCUUUACGGAACGUUUGCCGGAGAACCCCAAUAGGCGGGAUGCCCCAACAACAACAACGCAGGCCACGGCUUUGGUGACCAGCAGGCGGCGAACGUCGGGCAAAGAGCCGACCAUUAGCUAUGAGGAUGUCUUUUAUUUGGGCGGCUUCCCCAAUCUGGAUUCGGUGAGCAAACGCACGCAGGGCCGCUACUUUGAGCCCUUCAAGGGCUGCCUGCAGGACAUACAGUUCGGGGCCGAACCAAAGGCCAUUAUCAGCGAUUUCUCGGCGUAUCAGGGCGAGAAUAUUGGCUCUUGUGAUCUUCACGGUGAUGAGCCGAUUGUUGUAUAAAAACAAACAAAAAACCGAGUAUCAAAAUAAUCAAAAAACAAAAAGAAGAUUCCAAAAAAAAGAGGGGGACGAUUGCAUGGAUGAAAAAGAAGAGAAGAAAACUACUUGUAAGCUAAGUGUUAAGGCGAGAUUAUUAUAGGACAUGGACGACAUAUUUCCCGGCAUCACUUUUUGGGGCAAAAGCUUUCGAUUAAAGAUCGAUUUAUUAAAAAGAGACAAGCAAAGGAACGUAAUUUUGUAAAUUUUAUAGAAAUAAAAACAGAAAAAACUGAAAAAAAGACAAAAAGCUUAGACUUAAAAAUAUCAUGGAAAUUGAAAAAGAAUUGAAAAGAAAGAAAACUAAACUCUUGAAUGAAAAUUAUAUAGUUUAGGAAGUAAAAACUAAAUCUAGUGAAUACCGAUUACCAGAUACAGAUAUAAUACUUCUCUUACGUAAGUGAUAUUUCAAAUGGAAUAAUGGAUAAAAAAAGAACCCCCUAAAACAAAAAGGAUCUUUAACUGAAUGUAUAUUUGUUUUUUGUUUGUUUGUUGAUUGAGAAAUUUUGUUAUGCUGUUAUAACUAUAAACUCUAUUUAUAUAAAGACUAUCCAGAAUUUGUGUUCUCUUUCGAUUCUAUUUACUCAAAACACUCUCUACGAAAACUGCCCUACGUUUCUGCCAUUUUUGAUUUGUUGAACUUUUAAAUGACUUUUAUCUAAGUUAAUAUUAUAACGUAUAAAAUAUUAUUGUUUUCCCUGUUAUCUGUAUACGUUAUAUAGCAUAAUGCUCUCUCCCGAUUGAAGCCAUUUAGUUGCCUUGUAGUAAGUUAGUGUAUAAUCUUGAUCUCUCUCUAAACUAUGAUUUAUCUAACUCAAAGCAAAC